UGUUGUGGGGCCUGGAGUGUGGAGGCGUCAGCACAGGCCUGGCAGGAGCCCUGAACCGGGACAGUGAGGUCCUGCAGCUGCUGGCCUGGGGUGUGGAGACUCCCAACACAGGGGAAGUCUCCAGGACCCACACACCACUAACAAGAUGAGACUUGUGCUCCCGUGGGCUCUAGAGAGGAAGCCCCUCUUAGCCCUCAGCCCCUCCUUCCUCCCUAUCCUAAAGUAAUUUGAUCCUCAGGAAUUUGUUCCGCCCUCUUCUGGCCCCCAGCCAACUCUGCAUUUGACAAACGCCAGGAAGAGGAAACUGUUGAGAAAACGGAAACUACUGGGGAAAGGGAGGGCUGACUGAGAACCAUCCCAGUAACCCGACCACCGCUGGUCUUCGCUGGACACCAUGAACCACACUGUCCAAACCUUCUCUCCUGUCAACAGCAGCCAGCCCCCCAACUACGAGAUGCUCAAGGAGGAGCACGAGGUGGCUAUGCUGGGGGCGCCCCACAACCCUGCUCCCCCGACAUCCACCGUGAUCCACAUCCGCAGCGAGACCUCCGUGCCCGACCAUGUUGUCUGGUCCCUGUUCAACACCCUCUUCAUGAACCCCUGCUGCCUGGGCUUCAUAGCAUUCGCCUACUCUGUGAAGUCUAGGGACAGGAAGAUGGUUGGCGACAUGACCGGGGCCCAGGCGUAUGCCUCCACCGCCAAGUGCCUGAACAUCUGGGCCCUGAUUCUGGGCAUCCUCAUGACCAUUCUGCUCAUCGUCAUCCCAGUGUUGAUCGUCCAGGCCCAUCGAUAGAUCAGGAGGCAUCAUUGAGGCCAGGAGCUCUGCCCAUGACCUGUAUCCCACAUACUCCACCUUCCAUUCCUCGCCCUGCCCCCGGAGCCGCGUCCUGUAUCAGCCCUUUAUCCUCACACACUUUUCUACAAUGGCAUUCAAUAAAGUGUAUAUGUUUCCGGU